AUGCUCCGCUCUGACUCCUACGAUCCGCAGGAAGAAGCGUACGAAGGCGGCAUGCCGUUCGAAAUGACGCAAGACGCGGAAACUUCGGGAAACGACGGUCACGUGACAAAGAAGCACUACCAUUCGUGGGCCAACGUUAUACCAGACAAGCAAGGCCUGUACGACCCGGAAUACGAGCGCGACGCGUGUGGUGUUGGUUUUGUCGCGGACAUCAAGGGUGCUCCCUCACACAAAAUCGUCUCCGAUGCGCGCUAUCUGCUGUGCAACAUGACCCACAGAGGUGCGGUGUCCUCCGGAGGCAACGGUGACGGCGCGGGUAUUCUGGUGGGAAUCCCGCACGAAUUCAUGCGCCGUGAGUUCAAACUGGACCUCGGAAUCGAAAUUCCGCCCCGCGGCCAAUACGCCGUGGGUAACUGUUUUUUCAAAAAAGACGACACGGGCGGCAUCCACAACGCCUGCCGCACGUUCGAACAGCUCGCUGACUCUGUCGGCCUUACCGUGCUAGGCUGGCGUUCUGUUCCUCGCGAUUCGUCCAUUUUAGGUGCUGUCGCGCUCUCGCGCGAGCCGGCGAUUCUUCAGCCCAUCGUGGUGUUGUCCGAGGCGCACGCCGCCGGCAAGACCGAUGGACUUUUGUCUGAGUCCGAAUUCCAAUCACGUUUCGACGUCAAAUUCCAGACCCAACUGUACAUCUUGAGAAAGCAGGCUUCUGUUGCCAUUGGGCUCGAAAACUGGUUCUACGUCUGUUCCUUGAACUCCAGAACAAUCGUGUACAAGGGACAACUAACGCCAGACCAGGUUUACAAAUAUUACCAUGACUUGACCAAUGCUCAUUUCGAGUCUCACAUGGCGCUUGUGCACUCUCGUUUCUCGACCAAUACCUUCCCCUCGUGGGACAGAGCUCAGCCUCUGCGUUGGAUCGCCCACAAUGGUGAAAUCAACACGUUGCGUGGUAACAAGAAUUGGAUGCGUGCCCGUGAAGGUGUCAUGGCCUCCGAAACCUUCCAGGACCAAUUGGACAAACUGUAUCCAAUUAUUGAGGAAGGCGGCUCCGACUCCGCUGCCCUAGACAACGUGCUAGAGCUUUUGGUUAUCAAUGGUGUUCUAUCCUUGCCUGAAGCGAUCAUGAUGAUGGUACCCGAGGCUUAUCACAAAGACAUGGACUCAGACCUGAAGGCGUGGUUCGACUGGGCUGCAUGCUUGAUGGAGCCUUGGGAUGGACCAGCUUUGCUCAAUUUCACUGAUGGCCGCUAUACCGGUGCAAUGUUGGACAGAAACGGAUUGCGGCCAUGUCGUUAUUACAUCACUUCCGAUGACCGCGUUAUUUGUGGUUCAGAAGUUGGUGUCAUUCAAGUCGAUAACUCACUUGUUAUUCAAAAGGGUAAACUAAAGCCAGGUGACAUGUUGUUGGUUGACACGCUUAAGGGUGAGAUGGUGGACACCAAGAAGUUGAAAGAGUCCUUUGCAAAGAGACAAGACUACAAGUCUUGGCUCUCAAAGUUAAUCAAAAUGGACGACCUACUCAAAAGAGCUGCAAAGCUUCUACCAUCCAGCUUUUUGCCCGAAAAGACGCAACCACUUAAGGUGCAGCAGGACCCACGUCUCAUGGCACACGGUUAUACCUAUGAACAAAUGUCAUUAGUUUUGGUGCCAAUGGCUCUCGGAGGUAAAGAGGCGUUGGGUUCGAUGGGCAAUGACGCCCCACUUGCAUGCUUGAAUGAGGAUCCUGUCUUGACUUACGACUAUUUCAGACAACUGUUUGCGCAAGUGACAAAUCCUCCGAUUGAUCCUAUUCGUGAGGCCAAUGUUAUGUCUCUAGAAUGCUACGUUGGCCCACAAGGCAAUUUGUUGGAAAUGCAUCCAUCUCAAUGUGACCGCCUGCUUUUGAAGUCGCCAAUUCUGCAUUGGAAUGAGUUUGAGGCUAUCAAAAACAUCGAAAAAAUCCAUCCUAGCUGGUCUGUUGCCGAUAUCGACAUUACUUUCGAAAAGUCUCAGGGGUUGCUUGGCUACACCGCUACUAUCGAGCGCAUCACACAGGAAGCUUCGGAUGCUAUUGAAAAUGGCAAACGUAUUUUGAUGAUUUCCGACAGAAAGAUGGGUAGCUCGCGCCUAUCGAUUUCAUCCUUGAUCGCUGUAGGUGCUAUCCAUCAUCAUUUGAUCAGAAACAAGCAGCGUUCGCAUGUCGCGCUUAUUUUGGAAACCGGAGAAGCCAGAGAAGUGCACCAUUUCUGCGUUCUUUUGGGUUAUGGUUGUGAUGGUAUUUUCCCAUACCUUGCCAUGGAAACUCUGGUUAGAAUGAAUAACGAGGGCCUUGUCAGAAAUGUCGAUGAUGACAAUGACAAGGUGGACGAUGAGACUUUGCUAGAAAACUACAAGCACGCUGUCGAUGGUGGUAUUUUAAAGGUUAUGUCUAAGAUGGGUAUCUCCACUUUGGCUUCUUACAAAGGUGCGCAAAUUUUUGAAGCUUUGGGUCUGGACAACUCGGUGGUAGAUCUGUGUUUUGCAGGCACCGCAUCGAGAAUCAAGGGUGUGACAUUUGAAUACAUUGCUCAAGAUGCUUUCUCAAUGCACGAGCGUGGGUUCCCAACUCGCUUCACUGUCUCUAAAUCUGUCAAUUUACCUGAGAGUGGUGAAUACCAUUGGAGGGACGGCGGAUCGAAGCACAUUAAUGAUCCCACGGCCAUUGCCUCCUUGCAAGAUUCUGUUCGUAACAGAAAUGAAGACGCUUGGCAGAUGUAUGUUAAGAAGGAAAUGGAGGCCAUUAGGGACUGUACAUUGAGAGGCUUGCUGGAACUCGACUUUGAGAACUCCACAUCUAUCCCUCUAGAACAGGUGGAGCCAUGGACUGAAAUCGCAAGACGAUUCGCGACGGGCGCUAUGUCAUAUGGUUCGAUCUCUAUGGAAGCUCAUUCCACUCUCGCUGUUGCCAUGAACAGACUUGGCGCAAAGUCAAACUGUGGUGAAGGUGGUGAGGACUCAGAGAGAUCCAUUGUUAACACGAACGGUGACACGAUGAGAUCAGCUAUCAAGCAAGUGGCGUCUGCGAGAUUUGGUGUGACAUCUCACUACUUAUCUGACGCUGAUGAAAUUCAAAUCAAAAUCGCUCAAGGUGCUAAGCCGGGUGAAGGUGGUGAGCUACCAGCCCACAAGGUUUCUAAAGACAUUGCUAAGACCAGACACUCUACACCUUAUGUUGGUCUCAUCUCUCCUCCACCUCAUCAUGAUAUCUACUCUAUCGAGGAUUUAAAACAACUCAUUUACGAUUUGAAGUGCGCAAACCCACGGGCUGGUAUUUCUGUCAAACUUGUAUCUGAAGUCGGUGUUGGUAUCGUUGCGUCUGGUGUUGCCAAGGCAAAGGCCGACCAUAUCCUAGUGUCUGGCCAUGAUGGUGGUACCGGUGCGUCCCGGUGGACAGGUAUCAAGUAUGCCGGUUUGCCAUGGGAAUUGGGGUUGGCGGAAACACAUCAAACCCUAGUUCUAAACGACUUGAGAAGAAAUGUCGUGGUUCAAACUGACGGUCAAUUGAGAACUGGUUUCGAUAUCGCCGUUGCGGUUCUCCUCGGUGCUGAGUCGUUCACUUUGGCAACCAUUCCUUUGAUUGCGAUGGGAUGCAUAAUGUUGAGAAAAUGUCAUUUGAACGCUUGUGCUGUUGGUAUCGCUACUCAAGAUCCACUCUUGAGAGAAAAAUUCAAGGGUCAACCAGAACAUGUCAUCAACUUCUUCUUUUACCUCAUUCAGGACUUGCGGAAGAUUAUGGCGAAGCUCGGAUAUCGUACCAUCGACGAGAUGGUUGGUCACUCCGAGAAACUAAGAAAGAGGGACAACGUAUGCACAAAGGCUAUUAACAUUGAUCUGUCACCAAUUUUGACCCCGGCGCACGUCAUUCGUCCACAUGUGGCAACGAGAUUUACUAAAAAGCAGGACUUGAAGUUGCACACACGUCUAGAUAACAAAUUGAUUGACGAAGCAGAAAUUACUUUGGAUCGCGGUCUACCUGUUAACAUUGAUGCUACCAUCAUAAACACCGACCGUGCUUUGGGCUCAACGUUGUCUUAUAGAAUUUCUAAAAGAUUUGGAGAGAAAGGAUUACCUCAAGAUACUGUUGUGGUUAAUAUCGAGGGCUCGGCUGGACAAUCUUUCGGUGCUUUCUUGGCUUCUGGUGUUACCUUUAUUCUGGAUGGAGACGCCAACGAUUACGUCGGAAAAGGUCUAUCCGGAGGUAGAUUGGUCAUCAGACCACCUGAGGGCUCUAAGUUCAAGAGUGAUGAAAACGUUAUCAUUGGUAACACCUGUUUCUAUGGUGCGACUUCGGGAACCGCUUUCAUCUCGGGGUCCGCUGGUGAGCGUUUCUGCGUCCGUAACUCAGGUGCCACGAUUGUUGUCGAGAGGGUGAAGGGUAAUAAUGCCUUUGAGUACAUGACAGGUGGAAGAGCCGUUGUUCUUUCCCAGAUGGAGUCUCUAAAUGCUUUCUCUGGUGCUACUGGUGGUAUUGUUUACUGUCUCACUUCUGAUUACGAUGAUUUUGUGGGAAAAAUCAACUCUGAGUCCGUCGAACUACAAGGUUUGAUAGAUCCUGUUGAAAUUGCAUUUGUCAAGAAUUUGAUUCAAGAGCAUUUCAAUUACACUCACUCCGAGUUAGCAGAAAGAAUUCUCGGUAAGUUCAACCACUACUUGAAGAACUUUGUUAAGGUUAUCCCGUCAGACUAUAAAAAGGUUUUGGAGAAGGAGGCUGCGGACAAGGCGAAGGCCGAUGAAAAAAACAUCGCGACUUUCCUCAAGAGAUUCAAUUCCGGAACGGAUUUGAGCGCCGACGCCACCAACGGAGAAGUUGACGAACUACGUUCUGCUAAGAUCAAAAAAAUUAACAAGGUCAGCCACAGGAAUACCUUGGCGGAACCAAAGGUGACUGAUUUAGAGGAUGCUGUUCAAGAUGUUAAUCAGUUGGAGAAGAAUGUCGAAAAAGUGGAGAAAAUUCGCGGUUUCAUGAAGUAUAAACUACGCCACGAGUCUUACAGAAACGCCAAGACAAGGACAAAGGACUGGAAAGAGCUUUCCAGUUGCGUUACCAAGAAGGAUGCGAAGUACCAAACUGCAAGAUGCAUGGAUUGUGGUGUGCCUUUCUGCAGCUCUGACACUGGCUGUCCAAUUUCCAACGUCAUUCCAAAGUUUAAUGAGUUGGUUUUCAAAAAUCAAUGGAAACUUGCCUUAGACAAACUCUUAGAAACAAACAACUUUCCUGAGUUUACUGGUAGAGUCUGCCCAGCACCUUGUCAGGGUGCCUGUACUCUUGGUAUCAUUGAUGAUCCAGUUGGUAUCAAGUCUAUUGAAAGACUCAUCAUCGACAAUGCAUUUAAGGAAGGGUGGAUCCAACCAAACCCACCUGCUGUUCGCACAGAUCGUCGUAUCGCGGUUAUCGGUUCUGGUCCAGCAGGUUUGGCUUGCGCUGACCAACUCAACAGAGCAGGCCAUAAUGUCACAGUCUAUGAAAGGGCCGAUCGCUGCGGUGGUCUCUUGAUGUAUGGUAUCCCUAACAUGAAAUUAGACAAGUCCGUUGUCCAACGUCGUGUUGAUCUUCUGGCUGCUGAGGGAAUUCAGUUCAUUACCAAUACAGAAAUUGGCAAGGAUAUCUCUAUGGCUGAGUUGAAGGCUGAGAACGACGCUGUUGUAUAUGCAAUUGGAUCUACAAUUCCAAGAGACUUGAGGAUUCCAGGUCGUGAAUUGAAGAACAUUGAUUUUGCCAUGACGUUGCUUAAGAACAAUACCCAGGCUCUGCUAGACAAAGAUUUGAGUGCUAUUCGUGCCCAAGUGGAGGGCAAAAAAGUCAUUGUCAUUGGAGGUGGUGACACUGGUAAUGACUGUCUUGGAACAGCUGUCAGACACAACGCGUCUUCGGUUCUCAACUUUGAACUACUUCCACAACCUCCUGCCGAGCGUAGCAAAGACAAUCCUUGGCCACAGUGGCCCCGUGUCAUGAGAGUCGACUAUGGUCACUCUGAAGUUAAGGAGCACUAUGGUAGAGAUCCUCGUGAAUACUGUAUUUUGUCAAAGGAGUUUAUUGGCAACGAGGAAGGUCAAGUGAAGGCUAUCAAGACAGUGAGAGUUGAGUGGAAGAAAUCGCAAUCGGGGGUGUGGCAAAUGGUGGAGAUAGCGGGCAGCGAAGAAAUAUUUGAAGCUGACAUCGUUCUCCUGUCCAUGGGAUUUGUCGGACCCGAAUUGUUUGAAGACCCUAGUGUUCAGAAGACGAGAAGGGGAACCAUCGGCACUGUCAAUGAUGCGUCUUACUCGACUGGCGAUAACAAGGUUUUUGCCGCCGGUGACUGCAGGAGAGGCCAAUCUCUUAUUGUAUGGGCAAUUCAAGAAGGCAGAAAAUGUGCCACUGCGAUUGACAGUCACUUGAUGGGAACCACCAAUCUGCCUGGAAAUGGUGGUAUUGUGAAGCGUGACUACAAACUUUUGGAAGAGUUGGCUUCCACCGUCUAA